AUGUCUACCGAAAUACACUUACCAUUUGUGCUCACCAGAGAAAAUAUCGUCGUCGCCUCAUACACUUUCAUAUUACUGUACCUCGUCAGUUCAGUUGGGUCCAAAGCCUACCGCGCUUUCUUUGGACCUCUCAGCAAAUAUCCCGGCCCAAAAUUCAGAGCAUUCUCUGAGAUCCCUGAAUGUUUAGACCUUGUGCAAGGCACAGAAACCCAGUCACUAGUAGCACUUCACAAGAGAUAUGGCGAUGUUGUUCGGGUUUCCCCAAACACGUUGUCAUUCGUCGGCACCGCGGAAACUUGGAACGACAUAUAUGGCUUCAAGAAGACCGGAAUUCCCGAGAACCACAAAGACCCGGAAUUUUACAUGAAAUCCUUCAAUGGACAUUUCGAUUUGAUUAGGGCGCCCGUUCCUCAUCAUGGCCGGCAAAGAAAAGUCAUUUCUCACGGGUUUAGUGAAAGGGCGCUCAAGGAGCAGGAGCCAUUGUUGAAGAUGUAUGCCGCCAAGUUAGUAGAAUUCUUCUCCCGAGCAGUCGAAAAUGGUGAAUUGGUUGAUAUAGCACUUGCCUUCAACUUCGCUACUUUCGACAUAAUGGCCGAUCUCACAUUUGCGGAAUCUUUGCACAUGCUCGACACCGCAGAAAACGAACGUUGGGUGAGAAAUAUCUUCGGAAGCAUCAAGUUUAAGAACUACAUACGCGCACUUAGAAUGUUCAGCAUUCCCACAAGGUUGCUGGUUACGGAGAUCACAACUCGAUUACCGUCUCUAAAGAAGAGGGCGGCAGCUCAUUUCAAGUUCACUUCCGAUCGAGUGAGUAAAAGACUUGCUCAGGAACCGGACCGACCGGACAUAACCACAAGGAUCAUUGAAAAGGGAGGACACCCUUUGGAACCUAACGCAGUAGUACCACUCGGUGAACUACAAGUUGUAUCUGCGAUGUUCAUGCUUGCUGGAACUGAAACCACAGCAACAGCUCUUUCUGGUUUAACUUAUUAUCUCCUGAAGAAUCCGGAAUGGAUGAAGAAGUUGAAGGACGAAGUUAGAGGAUCACUGAAAUGUAUCGACGACAUGAACCUGAUCGCACUAACGAAGCUACCAAUCCUUGAAGCCUGCCUUAAAGAAGCUCUCCGUAUGUAUCCUCCUACUCCUAACGGAACUCCUAGAGUCGCAUCGUGGGAUGGUGUCACAGUUGCGGGGCAUCAAGUACCCAAAGGUACCCAAAUGUUUGUCCAUCAGCUGGCAACAUAUCGAGCAGAACACCUCUUCAAGCAUGCUGAGGACUUUCGUCCCGACCGGUGGCUAGGUGUUCCCGAGUUCGCAAAUGACCACAAGGGAGCGCUAGAGCCAUGGACAGUAGGGCCGCGUACUUGCGUGGGAAAGAAUCUUUCAUGGCACGAAAUGAGGCUGCUUUACGCUACUGUCAUCGUCCAUUUUGACAUCGAACUUUGUGCCGAGAGCACAAAUUGGCCUAAUCAAAAUGUGAGCACCUGUGCGACAGCAGUAAAUACCACACAGACAUUAACUGCGACAGUCAUACUUCAUCUGGGACAAACCAGCGCUCAAGUGCAAACUAACGCCCGUUGA